CACCACACACACCUACACCACACACACACACCUACACCAAACACACCACACACACCUACACCACACACACACCCACACACCACACGCACACCUACACCACACACACACCGUCCUCACAAUGGCGUGGCCGUGCGUCAACCGGGCUUGCUGCCUGGCUCGCUGCUGGAACCAGCUGGACGUGGACGACAUCUCAAUCCCUCUCACUCACGCUACAUUCGCCGAGGAAUCUUUACUGCCACCAGCAAACGAAGCUUCCGCCGCCAAUUCUGGCGGUGGCCAUCCGGGACCCGGGCAUCCUCAUCCUCAUCAGCAGCAGCAGCAAGGGCUGGGGGUGAGCGGUGGUGGCGGGGAUGCUGCUGCUAAUGCCCGUGAAGCGCCUGCGCCUGAGAAGCCAUCGAGCCAAGGGGCGUCUCGCUCGGUGACCCGCAGUGACUACAGGGCGUGGAGGGUAAAGCGCGAGCCGAGCUGUAAGCCGCGCAGGGAGUACCUCCCGCCAGAAGACCCCUUCUCGAACGACACUCAGUACAAGGCGGACUUCAGGGUGUGGCCUCUACACAGGCGCGAGAAGCCACAGUGGGGUCAUCAUCACCACGAUCAACUUCAGCAGCAGCAGCAGCAGCUGCUACCCCACCAACAGCACCACUGUCACCAGCAGCAGCAGCAAGACUCUGUGUACACGAGGCUGCUGGGUGAAGACGCCACGGGGCGAGACGGUGGAGGGAUGGUGGGGCCGGGUGGCGACGGGGAGGGAGAGCCUCUUGUCAAGAAGCACGGCGCGGAGUCGAAAGCCCUCCUGGCCAUGGCUCGAGAGGUCUGCAUCAUGCCCGUGCAGGCCACCACCAGGCCGGACGCCCGGCAGGAGACGUCACCUCGCAGGAAGCGCGUGACCCCAGCGUCGUCCUCCUCCCCGGAGUCACGCCGCCCGCGAACCCCCACGACCACGACGGCGGCCCCGCGUCGUGACCUCUCGUCCCGCGCGGGGCCCCCGCCCGCCAGGCACAGCCGCUCGCCGGGGCCGCCCCCCGCCGCGGUGGCGGUGGAGAAGGGGGGGGGCGACGGCGCGGGAGCACCCGGAGGGGGGCGCGGACGGAGGGGAUCGUCGAGGCGCGGCCGGAAGGUGAGCGUCUUGACGGCUACGGGCGGUCGCGUCACAAUCAGAAUGAUUAUUUGGGCUGGAGGAAUCCGAUGAGCUACUGUAUGAAGCUCGUUUUAACCGACGGCCGAUAUGGGCGGUUCUGGAAGUUACAACGGCAAACGUGAGGCUGCGUGACCGCCGGAAUGUAAUAAAACAUACUCUUUGGGUCUUUCGGUAAAGUCACGGAGAUAGAAAGAUAAUAGAUCACGACGUUUCGAUCGCAACACGAUU